AUGGUGAGAAAAUCAUUAAAGUUCCUAAGCAAAAGUCUAAGACUCUUGAUUUUCAGGCCCCAACUGUUGAGCGCAAAAACAUCAACCUUGCCCCACUGAAGGCUGCCAAUGUGCCAAUCUUCUUCAUUGUCGGAGGACCAGGAUCCGGAAAAGGAACUCAAUGCGACAAAAUUGUUGCCAAGUACGGGCUGACUCACUUGUCAUCCGGAGACCUUCUCCGUGAUGAAGUCAAGUCCGGAUCUCCACGCGGAGCACAGCUCACUGCUAUCAUGGAGUCGGGAGCUCUUGUUCCACUGGUUAGUGAUCUUCUGACAAACUUGAAAGUUAUGCUCAUUUACAGGAAGUUGUGCUCGACCUGGUCAAGGAGGCCAUGCUCAAGGCUAUCGAGAAGGGAAGCAAGGGAUUCCUGAUUGAUGGAUACCCAAGAGAAGUUGUGCAGGGACAACAGUUCGAGUCGGAGGUAGGGUAGUUAGCUUUUGAAGUCAUCAGAAAAUCCGGUUCCAGAUUCAAGAGGCCAAAUUGGUCCUUUUCUUCGAUGUCGCCGAAGAUACCCUUGUCAAGAGACUUCUCCACCGUGCUCAGACCAGGUACGAAACUCAAAACACCAAAGAAAAUCACGCUAUUUUAUGUUUUCUUUUUCAGUGGACGAGCCGAUGAUAACAUCGAUACCAUCAAGAAGCGCCUUCAUACAUUUGUCACUUCCACUCAACCCGUCGUCGACUACUAUGAACAGAAGGGAAAGCUCGUUAGAGUAAGUGACACGUCAUACAAACCGGGCGUGCGCUUAGCUCAUUACUCAUUCGUAGAGCAUUUACCAUUUUUUUUGCCCUAUAAUUGUCGCUGCUCCAGCAGAAAUGUAGGGGCAGUCGAUAUGUGUGCGAGUGUGCGUUGAAAAAAAGAACAUUCAUAGGCGCUUAGGGACGGAGUGCUAACAUCAGACGGCUAGAAAAGUGCGCGAGACUAGCCGCAUCUGGGCAAAGUAUUUGAAUUUUCAGAGAGCAGUGCUCCGCGUGAGCGUCUGCUGCUCCUUUAUUUUAUGUUUUGUCGCGCCCUCGCCCGUUCAGUCUCAUUUACCCUACCUCUUUUUGUCCUUUUAUGGGUGGGGGAGCCUUGACUUUGGUGAAACAUAGGAUUGACUGAGACAGUUGACUGAAAGUUUAGCCGUGAUGAUUUCCAGAUCAACGCCGAGGGAUCGGUCGACGACAUCUUCGGAGUCGUUGUUGCCAACCUUGACAAGGUCACCGCCAAGAUCUGA